AUGCGUGAUACUAAGGCUCCUACAGAUAGUGUCAACGUUCAAAUUACCACUAUUAAAUUAAAUGGAUCCUCCAAUUACUUGUUAUGGGCCCAAGCUGUGAAGGUCUAUAUUAAUGCCAAAGGGAAACUUCAUUAUCUUACCACAGACCCUCCUGAUGAAAAUUCUAGAGAUUAUAGUGGUUGGAUGAGAGAGAAUGAUACACUUCUGGUGUGGUUAUGGAAUAGCAUGGAACCAUCCAUUGCUACUAAUGUCAUGUUCCACACAACUGCUAAGGGAGUGUGGGGUGAUCUUAUGGAGAGUUACUCACAAGACAAAAAUAUGUCUAGAGUUUAUGAACUAUAUGAGAAGAUCUUUAAUUUUAAACAGGGAGACAAGUCUCUUGGAGAAUAUUAUAGUGCUUUGAAAGGUAUGUGGGAAGAACUCAAUCUUUAUCAGCCCAUCACUACUGAUCUUGAGAGACUAAAGACACAACGAGUUGAAUUUCAAGUGGCCAAAUUUUUAUCUCGCUUGAAUGCUUUGACUUACGCUGUGAAGAGUCGCUUCUUCUUUGGAGAGAGAGUUCCUUCUAUGAAUGAAGCAUUUUGUCGAAUUCAGCGCAUUGUCCCUCCGUCUUCUACUUCAUCUAAAGACAAUUCAGCAUUUGUGGCAAGUAGUGGUGGUCGUGGUGGAUUUUCCAAUAAAGGUCGUGGUUUCGGGGGAGGUCGUAGUCGUGGUGGUGGACGUAGUGGACAAAGUUCUGAUCCAGUUAGCCGUCAGUGUAUACACUGUGGCAAAUUCGGUCAUAUUGUUGACACUUGUUGGGCCAAGCAUGAAAAGCCUGAGUGGGCUCAAUGA